AGCAUCUAUUCAUUUUUUCCUAUAUAUGAACAUAACCAAAAAACACUGGCAUACAUAUGUAUGGUAGUUAUAUCAUAACCUCAAACUGUGGUAUAGCUAGUACCAAUGGCAGCCUCCGGUUCCAUAACAAGGUCCGUGGGGAGGCUCUACAAGUGGCCGGCGGAAUCAGUUGACGGCGAAUCAAUGACGCUGCUCGUGGGGCGGCCCAAAGCGAAGGCCACAAGAAUAAGGGCAUUGGAGCAGCCUAAGGUGGUGGAUAGUGUCUCAUGUAGGCAGAUGUUUUUGAGGAGUUACACAUUUUCCCGGAAAGAGAGUUUCUCUGAGAAGACCAACAAGUGUCUUGGAAGAGUACUAGUUCUCUUCCACCGCAAAGGGAGAGAUUUCCAGGGCAUUAGGAGGCUGAGGAGGAUGGCGAAUAAGAAGGUUCCACCUAAGCGCCACCAACAAAUGGCUGCCAAGAAUAUUAGGGAGAAAGAGGCCUCUUGUGCUGCAUUACUGUUGUCCAAAGUUCGAAGGUUGGUGUUGUGUUAUGCACCUCCACGGUCAUGUAUUAUUGAUUGAUAAUUGGAGAGGUAUUUGUUGUGAUUGAUGAUGAUCAUAUCAUCACAAUUCAUAAGCCUAAUAAUUUGUAAUGCUCAUGCUUUUUUGUGUUACUUUCAAAUUUGUGUUGUCGUUUGAAUAUAAAAGGAAA